AAAUCUGUCACGCUUUACCGAGAUCAAUGUCGGUCCUUUCCUUGAAAUUCGGAAAGACAACAGCCCCUACCGUCUCGAUAUGGAGUCACAUUCUGAGUCAGCAUUCUACAGUGCCUCUGCGUUUACUACUACUGGGCUUACCGUUGAUUCUUCUGCUGUCUCUUGUGCUCCGUCCAGCACCUCCCGAUAACCCCACUAGCUCCUUUGUUACACGCGAAGAUGUAACCACGGAGCGGCGAAAGCUUCUGUUUUCGCUACGGAAGCCCAAGGAAUGCGAGGGGGGCCCUGACGGCGCGAUGGCGAACAGAGUAAUCCCGAUGGAAGCUGUAGCGAGUCAGCGCAAGCUGGUCGGCGGAUGGCGGCCGCGAGAAGGGAAAUACCUCCUGGCGCUCUGCACCACGGGGCGACUGACCAAUCAGAGCAGCAGGAGUGCAUCAUGACCUAUUUCAUAUUCGCCGUGCUGCUCAACCGCACCCUCAUAGUCCCUCCUCUCGCCGUCGCCCAGCACACUGGCCUCAACCUCGUCUGGCCGUGGACCACCGUCUUUAAUCUCCCCAGACUCCAUACCUGCCUCGCGCCCUCCUACGGCCCCCACACUAUCCUCCUCCUACCAGACUACCUCACCCGCUCCCACUCCCCCCAUGCUUACGUGUCACACCUAGUCUGCCUCAAGCCCACGUGUAAUCAUGAGUGGACGCUCAGGGUGCUGCUUCGGGAGAAUCCAGGGAUCAAGCUAGCGGACAAGAAAGGCCGCCCGGCCGCAGUGAACCAGAGUCUGGUGGAUCGGAUGGGAAAGGUGCGGCUUGAGAGGCUGCUAGAAGCCGUGAGGGUGGUGGAAGAGGAGGAGGGGAGAGAAGGGGAGGAGGGGAGAGCGGAGGAAGAGGAGGGAAGAACGGAUGGGGAAAGGGGAGAGAAGGGGGAGGGGCAGGAGGAGAAAGCCUUGGGGAUUGUAGAGAAAAAAGAGGAAGGAACGGGGCAGCCAGGAGGGAGUGGAGAGGCGGGCGGGAUGGCAGUAGGAGGAGGAAAUAGUGGAAAGGCAGCAGAGACUCGGAGAUUGUUGAAAGAGGCAAACAAUGGUGCAGAGGAGAGAGGAGUGAGAGCAGCAGCAGCCGCCGCUGCAGCAUCCCAAGCUCCCCCACCAUCAGCUGCAGCAAUUGCAGCAGCACCAGAAGCAACAACCACCCAAGAACCAACAGUUUAUGCAGCACCAGAAACAUCAACUGCAGGAGCCAUGGCAACACCAUCUGCUGCCGCACAAGCAGCACCACCACCACCAGAAGCAGCAGCUGCUGCUGCAGUAGCAUCACCCACACCACCAGAAGCAGCAGCCGCUGCUGCACUAGCAGCGGCAGCACCACCACCACCACCAGCACCGGCUGUAGCAGUGGCAGCGGCAGCACCAGCUGCUGCAGCCCCUGGCGGAGAUGAAAACUCCGAUCUGCCUGCGGGCCACAUCCUGACCUUUGGUGAUUUGGCGGGAACGUCUGUGAUUGGCCACGACUGGCUGCUGGAGUCAGCUCUGCCCCUCGUUACAGUGCCACCGGAUUGCAGCAACCUGUGGCGGCCGCAUGCUGCUGUGAUGGCGUUCGUGGAUGGUUUCAUUGCUGCUCACCUUGGGUCGCAAUACAUGGCGGUGCACCUCAGGAGGGAUGACUUCUACGGCCACCUGAAGAAGCAGAGCUACAAGCGCCACGUGUUCCUCCCUAUAGCAGCAGUUGGCACUUUUAUUUUGUCCCGCGCCGCUGCCGCUGGGCUGAAUACUGUGCUGCUGGCCACUGAUGGCACUGCCGCUGAAGUAGACAUGUUGACACGCAUGAUCACAGCCACCAACGCCACGAGGCUAGUGACCCUGCACGAGAGCCGCUUCGCCUGGAGCGACACGCACAGCGAGCCGUGGGGCCAGGCGCUGCUGGCUCUGGAGCACAGCAUGCCGGAGGGGGGAGGGAAGGGCGUGGUGCGGGCCCUGGCUGAGAAGUACAUCUGUGCGCGCGCGCACGUGUUUUAUGGCACGGUCUAUUCGUCCUUCUCGACAGAUAUCAUCCGGAUUCGGGCGGCGGAGGGGAUGGCAAACUGCAUGGAUGGGAAGGUUGGCGAGGAAGGCUAGUAGACUGUGGAGUCAACAGGUUUGCGUAUGGUUGGUUGGUCGUUGCUGCGAGUUUUGUAUCGAAUUCAACACAAUGUUCAAUCCUGUACAU